AUGGAUCCAGCAGAUUGUAUUGUUGUCCGUUUUCAUUUCAAUGGGGAAUUUAUCAAUGACGGGAAGACAAUACAGUAUGUGGGGGGCAAAGAAGCAAUGUCCUUUUUAGAUCGAGCAACCUUGAGCUUACAGAGAAUUCAACAGUGUUUGAGUGAGCAUUAUGUCACAGUGGACGGACAACAAUUGCACUGGCUCUUCCCUGGGAAGGAUUUAUUUGAUGGAUUGUUGAUGUUGUCUGAGGACAAGUCUGUUGAAACACUGUCAGCAUGUACAACAGAUGCAGGUGUGGCUGAUGUGUAUGUGGAGGAUCCGGCCGUGCAAGAUGAAGAAGUUAGUGAGGAAGAAGAUUGGGCUGAAGACGAUUAUGUAGCUACUGCUGAUGAGAAGAAGUCCGCAAAGGAAAAGCUAAUUGAUGUAGAAAGCAGCUCCGAUGAUAGUGACUUUGUGCCACCAGAUUUUUCAUCGGAUGAUGAUGAGGCAGAUGCUAUUAAGCAAGAUUACAAGAAAUUCAAAAGGAGCAAGAAGAUGGCAGCUGAAAAACUUGCACUUGAGUAUGAGUUUGAAGCAUUGAAUGUAGUUAAACCUGAAGGCAAUUAUGAAGAUGAAUCAAGUGCCGAAGAGGAUGAAUCUUAUGACGAGGAUAGUGAUGGUGAACUUAUCAAGCGUGAGUCUGAAUAUGCUAGGUUUAAUAAGAAAGCAGAAGUGAUCAAGUUCACCUUGGGUAUGACAUUUAGUGGGAAGAAGGAGUUCAAAGAUGCAAUCAUUCGUUAUGCACUGAAGGAAAGAAAAUAA